GGCGCCGGCGGCAGCGGCAACGGGAGCGGCAGCGGCAGCCGGCAACAGCGGGACAUCCCUCAGGGGGAUGCGAGAACAGUUGGUUGCUGCAGCCCAUGCAGUUGCCAAAGAAAGAAGGAACCAAAGUGGCAACAUUGCUGUUCCAGCCCAACCUUCAAAUAUGAAAUCAUCAACUAAGCCAGUGAUAGAUGGCUCAGUUCUGAGAUCUGAUGAAAGGCAAAGACUGGCAAGAGAACGCAGAGAAGAACGGGAAAAACAAUAUGCUUUUAAAGAAACUCAACUGCUUGCAAAAGAAAAAAAAGUGAAACUGCAAUAUGAAAAGCAGUUAGAAGAAAGACAGAGAAAGUUAAAAGAACAGAAGCAGAAAGAGCAGCAACGACGAGCAGCAGCAGAGGAGAAAAGAAGGCAAAAAUUAGAUGAAGAAAAGGAACAUUAUGAGGCAAUGGUUAACCGUACUUUGGAACGUAGCAAGCGGCUAGAACAGCGACAGAAGAGAUGGUCAUGGGGAGGCUCUGUAACACCAGAUUCAGACAGCAAAUCUGGUCUGUCAAGUGCUUCCCCACCCAAUCCUGUAGAUUUAGUUGACAAACUCCCUUCUUCCACAGAGCUGCAGACUGCAGAAGAAGGUGGAUCCAGUGGCAACAGAUAUGCUUCAUCUGCAGUGAAUCUCAAACAAACAGAUUCUGUCAUCAGUAAACGUUUGUCAUCAUCUUCAGCCACUGUUCCAAAUUCUGACAAGACUCGGCGCUUUCAGAUCAGUGCUCUGGAGACUAGUAUAAUCAAUCGCCUUCUCACCCCUACACAAGCCUCUUUAGCUAAAAGCAAAAGUGCUGCUGUAUUAUCUGCUGCUGGAAAAGAUCCCUCAGGCAACAGAUAUGCUUCAUCUGCAGUGAAUCUCAAACAAACAGAUUCUGUCAUCAGUAAACGUUUGUCAUCAUCUUCAGCCACUGUUCCAAAUUCUGACAAGACUCGGCGCUUUCAGAUCAGUGCUCUGGAGACUAGUAUAAUCAAUCGCCUUCUCACCCCUACACAAGCCUCUUUAGCUAAAAGCAAAAGUGCUGCUGUAUUAUCUGCUGCUGGAAAAGAUCCCUCAGAAUUUCACCUCUGUCCUCGUUCAGCUGCCUCCAGUACUAUCAGCUCUGCAGUGCAGGCCCCUAGAAUGCCCAUGCGAAGCCGCAGCAUUGACAGACCGAAGUCUCCCAUGGUAGCCGUUUCAACAAGUGCUAUGGGCUCUAUACAGAAGGCAGAGGUAGAUAAGUAUGCAUCUACUCAUGCUGCAAGACGAGCUCCAUCACCAUCUGUAUCAGGCCAUAAGAGAUCACCUUCCCCUGCUGAUGUUAAGCAUCCUCCAUCUCCCUCUGCAUCGAACAGACCAUCUCAGAGAAGUCGCCCACCUUCACCUAUUUCGUCAAAACAGCAACCAUCAUCUCCCACUUGUGUGUUAAAACCAGCUCUUAAACUUGUGCAACGUCCCUUGAUCACACCAACUGUUUCAAAUAUUACCAAAAAGGGUGGAAUACCUGCAACAGAUAGCAAACUAAAGGAUAUAUGUGAAGAAAAGAGAAAACAUGAAGGCCAAACAUCACCAGCUUCAGAGAAAGAAAAAGUAGCAUCUGCUGGAAAGACCAAAGAAGAGCCCAGUAGUCAAACUGGAGCAGGGACCACAAGUGGUGAAGAAGCUGCUAAAAUUUUGACAGAGAAACGAGAGCUUACUCAAGAACUAAGAGAUCGAGAAGAAUGGGAAAGAUGUCAGAAAGGAGAGGAAAGGAAAGUAAAUGAGCAUAUUGAGAAGAAAGCCAUUGAAGACGAGGAAAAAAGGCAAGCUGAGUUCUGUCAACUUGAGGCAACAAGGUCGCUGGAAGAACAGCAGCGGAAGAUAGACGAGAGCAGGGCCCAAGAGCAGGAGCGUCUGGCUGAACUCCAGCAGCAGAAGGAGGAAGCUGAGGCCAAAGCCAGGAAGAAGCUGAAAGGCAGAGGCGGGAGCGGGAAAGGAUCAUGGAGCAGAGUAUUCAAGAACGUCUGGAGAGGAAAAAGAGAAUUGAGGAAAUUAUGAGAAGAACCAGAAAGGUUGAACUGAAUUCUGAGCAGAGUGAAGAAAAGUCUAAGAAUGAGGCUAUUGACGGGGAUGCUGCUGAUGAAGUAGAUGGAGGAAAUUUGGAAACAGUGGACCCACUGGGUAUGCCUCCAUUUACCAGUUA